UUCAUUCCUCCUGCGCUGUCGCCUAUUUGUACGUCGAUUUCGUCGCUCGAACGCCAACCGCCUCAAUUGGGGCCGAUAGUCUUUUAAUAUCCAUGCGCCUGGCAUAGAGCAGUCGCUGGUCGUCAGACGAGUGUCGGUCGUUUUUCCAGGAUGGAAGUUAUGCGGACAAUCCCUCGUGAUGAAUUUGUAUCUCCACUGAGGGUACACUUCCCUUCCCCGUUGGGACCUGCCGGACGUCAGAAGGAAACAUGCGACUUGUCAUAUGGCUGGCUGCAGAUACAUGGUUUAAGUUCGGGGUGUCUCGGGUCCCGAAGAUACACCACCAGGAGUGGUGGUGAGCAUUACGGCAAAGUCCUCCAAGUGGUGGAACAUCAAAACAAGCAGGAUACAAUAUUACGGCGAAAACUAGGUUACGAAUCAUCGCUGGCUCUGGAAGCUGACAUCCAUGCCGUCGAGCCCGAAGGCUAUGAUGCACCGCCGCCUACAUAUGAUGAUGUGAUCAAAGAUCUACCUCCACAUUACGCCACGCUUGCUCCCUUAGCCCAGCGGAAGUGUCUUAUCCAGGACUCUGCGUCCGUGCCCCCACAGACUACAGAUGAGUCAAAGUCUAAGGGUGCAUCACGACCAUUCGAUUUUGGGUCUGCAACGGGCAUUCGGGAAAGAGCAGGAAAGAAGAAGAAGAAGAGUAAGCCGGCCGCGCAACCCCAGCGACAGAGCACCCCGCCGGCCGAGGAAGGUGGAGGCGACAAGCAAGAUGAGGGCGGCGGAGAUGAGCAAAACGGUGAUACCGGUGGGAAUGGAGGCGGCGAUUCUGGAGGUGGUGGUAAUGGAGAUGACAAUGGCCAAGAUGGGAACGGCGACGGUAAUAAUGGAGAGGAUGACGACUGGGAUGCCUGGAAUACGACAAGCACGAAGAAGAGCAAGAAGAAGAAGAAACAGGAGGAAGAGGAAAAACUGAAGGAAGAAGAAGAGCAACGAAAACGGGAAGAAGAGGAACAGCGGGCCAGGGAAGAACAGGAGAGAUUGGCCAAAGAGGAGGAAGAACGGCUGGCCAAGGAAGAUGAGGAGAAGCGGGCUGCAGAAGAAGCCGCCGCCGCCGCUGCCGCCGCUCCCCCCGACCUUAGCUGGGCAGAUGACACUAAUGCCAACGGUGACGAUGGCUGGGGUUUUGCCACAACAACCAGCAAGAAAAAGAAGAAGAAAGGCAUGGGCGCCGACCCUAGCCCGCCCGAACCGGCGUCCAACGGGUUCCAAGACAUAAGCUUGAACGACAGUGCGCCGCAACUAGACUUGGGUUUGCCUCCAGCAGCGCCAGGGACGGGCUUCAACUUUGGGAGCUGGGGUCAAGAUUGGGGAUCUGGUGAUAAAUGGGGUCUUAACACCCUGAACGGCAUGAAAAACGACAAGCCAAAAGAUAAUAGUAACCCCUGGUCCUUCUCCGGCACCAACGGCAUGUCGAACGCCUCCGUUGGGUUCAGCUUUGGUGCGGACCUUGGAAGUACUCCAGCUGCCAACGAACCCCCUCCUGCCUCGGAAGAGAACAAGCCAGAGGACGACUGGGGAAUUCCUGUGACCAAGAAGGACAAGAAGAAAAAGAAGAAGGGGAUCGAAGAGGAGCCGACACCCGACCUUCUCGCAGAAGAACCAAAAUCAGAUAACGCCUGGCCGGGCGCUGAAGAGAAGAAGGAGCCAGAAUUUGCUGAUGAUGACUGGAGCUGGGGGGCAACUACCAAGAAAGACAAGAAAAAGAAGAAGGCUGACGAGCCUCCCGCCCCUGAGCCUCCUGCCGCAGCCGAUCCGCCGCCUGAAGAUGACUGGAGCUCUCCUUGGGGCCCUGUAACGAAAAAGAAAGACAAGAAGGGUAAGAAGGGUACCAUCCUCGACGAGCCAGUCGCUGAGGAGCCAGCGCCUGCCGAGAUAAAGGAUGAUGAUUGGUCAUCGGGCUGGGAUGCCCCAAAGAAAGAUAAGAAGAAAAAGGGCAUGGUCUUUGAGCUAGAGCCGGAGCCAGAACCACAAACCGAUCCUGUGGAGCCUGAGCCUGAACCUGAGCCUGAGCCCGAGAAGCCAGACAUGAGUUUCCUGGAGAACCCUCUUUAUAAUAACUGGCAUACACUCUCAUCUAAAGACCGGAAGAAACGUGAGAAAUCACUGAUCAAAGCCGGACUUCCCAUCCCCGGCAAGGAUUUUGAUCUUCCUGAUCCGAAUGCCGAGCCCCCCAAGGUUCCGAAGCCAGAGCCAGAGCCAGUUCAAGAACCUGAUUCAAUCCCGGAAGUUGAACCUGAGCCUGAGCCUGAGCCCGAGCCCGAGCCCGAGCCGGUAGCUGAGCCUGAACCCGAGCCUGAGCCUGAGCCUGAAGUCAAAGGCCCUGAGAUACCUGACAGUCCCCUCUAUAACAACUGGCACAAUCUGUCAUCUAAAGAUCGGAAGAAACGUGAGAAAUCAUUGAUAAAGAGUGGACUUCCGAUUCCUGGUAAAGAUUUUGAGCUUCCUGAUCCCAAUGCUGAGCCCCCCAAAGCGCCGGAGCCGGAGCCAGAGCCAGAGCCAGAGCCACCCGCUGAACCUGAGCCUGAACCAAUCCCGGAAGCUGAGCCUGAGCCUGAGAUCAAAGCUCCCGAGAUACCAGACAGUCCUCUCUAUAAUAACUGGCACAAUCUGUCAUCCAAGGAUAGGAAGAAACGUGAGAAAUCAUUGAUUAAGAGCGGACUUCCUAUCCCGGGCAAAGAUUUUGACCUUCCUGAUCCGAAUGCUGAGCCACCUAAAGAGCCUGAGCCUGAGCCUGUGCCUGAGCCUGUUCAAGAAGAGCCGGUACCACCUCCAGCCCCAGAACUGGAGCCUGAACAAGAGCCUGAACAAGAGCCUGAACAAGAGCCUGAACAAGAGCCAGCUUGGGAGCCACAGCCAGAGCCUGCGCCCGAGCCUGUCCCGGAAGUGGUCCCAGAACAGACUUAUGAGGAGGAGAACUGGGGAAUAUGGAACGCUCCGAAGGAAAAGAAGAAGAAGAAGAGCAAGAUCGCAGCUGAGCCUCCACCGCCCGCACCGACACCGCCCUCUCUGGGAUGGACUGCCGAGCCGGAGGGAUACGUACCUACUGACCAAGUCCCGGAACAGCCUCUCUGGGAUGACUACGACAAUAAGCCUUCGAAGAGCAAUAAGAAGGGUUACAAGGAGGAAGAGACACCUAAGAGUGGCAUGGGUUUCUGGGCCACCAUAGGUGCUGCAACUAUGGGCAAAUCCAAGACUACAAAGAAAAAGUCAUCAGAGAAGACCAAAGCCAUAGAGGCAGCACCAGAGCCCGAGCCUGAACCUGUACCAAGUCAUCCUGCAGAGGAUGAUUUACUUAUUGACGUUGACGACUCAAAGAUGCCCGAGGCGCCCGAAGCGCCAAUCCCGCCAGUUGUCGACGAACCACCCGCGCCAGCCGCGCCGCCAGCGAAGACUCCCGUUGUCACCUCGAAGACCAAGUCAUCGGCCAAAUUGUCCGUCUCAGAGCGAAUCAAAGUUUUGGAGCAAGGGAAGAAGGGGAAAUCAAAGGACAAGGUUGCCAAGGAAGAGCCUGCCCCACCCCCAGAGGAACUCCCUACUCCCCCGCAACCCGAGCCUGUCGAGUUCUUUGACCCCGAACCGGUUCAGUUUAAAAAGCCCUCGAGGGAUUUGGUUCCAGGCAUUCCCAUCUCAAAAACUGAAAAGAAGAAGAAAAAGAAGAAGGUCGUUGAGCCAUUACCGGUUCCUGAGCCAGUGCAACAACCGGAGCCUGCUUUUGAACCUGAACCUGAGCCAGAGCCAAUAGCUGAACCUGAACCCGAGCCCGUACCUGAGCUCGAGCCUGAAUUUGUUCCUGCUCCUGCUCCCGAGCCUCCGAUCGAGCAAGCACGGGAGAUAGAGCCGGUGGCCGACGAAGCACCUGUUUCCAAGCCCGAAAAGCCGAAGAAAAAGAGCAAAAAGGUGUCUAGUCGAGAAAAAGCACCCCCGGUCGUGGAACCAGCCCCUGUCGAUGCUGGGAUUGACGAAGCAGCGGCAGAAGCUGAUGUAGGCGCGGGCCCUCCUACGCCUCCACCAGAGCCUGCUGAACCUGCCGAGCCUGAACCAGAGAAGCCGGCCAGGAAGGAGCGUGUUCGUGUUGAGCGCACUCCUGGUUCAGCAUCUUGGGGAUUUUGGGGUGCCACGCCUCAAAAGCAGCCCAGCACUAGGGAACAUCGGCGUAGACGGGAACGUGAACGAGAACAGUCACCCCCGCCUAUGGUCAGGUCGAGAUCGACCAGACAGCCAAGGUCUAGGGAUCUUGAGAACGAGGGAGAGAAGUCGACCUCUGACAAGGACAAGCGCAAUAGCCGAGGUAUGACUCUUGCUGAUUUUGUCCUGGGCACGCCGCCGCCGCCUAGUAGGACAAAGUCCAGUCGAAGACACGGAACACACGCGUCCAGGAAUACCUCAAGACGUCCAUCCGUGGGUAUGGAAGACGCCGGGUUCCCCAGUCCUCCACCGGACGAUAGCCGGGAUAUGCCGGAUAAAGCCGCCAGGAUGAUGGGAGUGAACGGCUCCUCCCGGAGAGAAAGAGAGAGACGGCAUGAAUCUCGUAGAAGAUCUCGCGCUCCUGACCCGUAUGCGGUUGAAGAUGAGGACAUCGUCAUGGUAGAUCGGGACGACAUUGAUGCCCCGAAGGAGGGCUCAAGGGGAUCUAUGCACUCCGACAGACGAUCGAGGAGGAAGUCUCGGUCUAGACAAGAAGAGCAUUAUGAAGAUGCUGAGGUGUUCUCGGGACCGGAAGAUAUUGCUUUUGUGGAAGCACCAAGAGAGCGACGCGUGAGACGAUCAAGUACUGCUCCCAAGAAACCAGAGUCCACUGGUCUCAUGGGCUUCAUCGGCUCUUUGCGGAAGAAUGCUCGUCCGAAUGCUCCUCCGGACCCUCCAGAGCGCCGAAAGUCCAGGUCUCAUCGUGAUGAGGAUGCUAGGUACAUGACAGAACCAGAGCGAGAGGAGCGGCGUGCAAGACGCGAAGCUCGCAGGAGACGUGCAGAAAGAGAGGCUGAGCUCGACGGCUUUGUCACUGAGGGCGGUCCAGUAGGUGGGUUCCCGGAAACCGACAUGGACGAAGUUGAGGCUAGACGGGCAGCCCGUCGAGCGAAACGAUCCUCUCGACAGGCGCCGUCUGAUCAACUCCGUGAGAGCGAGUGGCGCGACGCCGAAGAAAGGCGUGCUCGACGGAGGGAAAGAGAGAGAGCUCGUGAGCGAGAGAUGCAGGAGAGAAUGCUCCGAGAGGAGGAAGAGCGGGAAGCAAGACGCCAGGAAGAACGCAGGCUUCGUAGAGCAGCUCGUGAAGAGCGCCGGGCUCGAGAAGAAGCAGAGGCCCGCGAGGCAGAAGAGCAGGCCGAAGCCGAAGCCAGAGCAGCAGAACGGCGCGAACGCAGACGGCGGAGGGAGGCAGAGAUGCAAGAAGCCGCCGCGUAUGAGCCCCGGUCCAAACGUCGAUCCUCUCGUCACCCUGUCGAUGACAGAGCAGCCCGAGAAUUCUAUCUCGGCGGCUACGAUGGCGAGAGGGUUUACCGUCCGGAACGGUCUACAGAAGAGGGGGUGAGGCCCAAACGUCGCAAGUCCAGGGCUCCAGAACCGGAGCGCGCACCACCGAUGAUGUCCGGAGGACGCAAGGAUAAAACUUCGUCCUGGGUGCAUUCGCAAGCCAGCGACCCGCCUGAACCACCACCGGUCGUGGCCACCGUACUGGACAUGCCACCUGGUCCAGGUGAGCCGGCUCAGGCGAACUCGGUCUCCUCGGACGAGGAGGCGCGACGUGAGCUGCGGCGUCGGGCCCGACGACGAGCCAGAUAUCCUGGCAUGACGGAUCAGGAAAUCGACGAGUUGCGGGCGCGAAAGCGCGAGGCUAGACGAUCUGAGCGUAGUUCAGGCAGCGCUGAUUACGAACGGGCCCGGGGCAUGCGGUCGUACGACGAUCGUUAUGCACCGCCAGUCAAUGGGCCCAGGAUGCCGAAUUGGUUCAAGAGACUGACCAAUUUGGGUUGAGCUGGUGGGUUUGGAGCAUUGAUGAGAGGAUGUUUCUUUUCUUUACGAAUGGAAUGAUGAAUGACAUGAAGCGAUAUUUGCCAUUGAAGGGAUAUACGAUUUGGCCAUGAUGUA